UACAGAGAACAGGAAGCCAUCCGCCUUUGCCUGAAGCAUUUCCGACAGCAUAACUACACCGAGGCCUUUGAGUCGCUGCAGAAGAAGACCCGGAUAGCGCUGGAGCAUCCGAUGCUAACUCACCUGCACGACCGCCUGGUGCUGCAGGGAGACUUUGACGCUUGUGAGGAGCUCAUCGACAAAGCUGUGGGAGACGGGCUGUUUAACCAGUACAUCAGCCAGCAGGAGUACAAGCCCCGGUGGAGUCAGAUCAUCCCCAAAUGUAACAAAGGUGACGGAGACGACAACAGGCCCGGGAUGAGGGGAGGACAUCAAAUGGUCAUCGACGUCCAGACUGAAACCGUUUACCUGUUUGGAGGCUGGGACGGCACUCAGGACCUCGCUGACUUCUGGGCGUACAGCGUUCAGGAGAACCAGUGGGUCUGCAUCUCCAGAGAUACGAGAAGGAGUGGUCCGAGUGCUCGCUCGUGCCACAAGAUGUGCAUCGACUCGCAGCGGCGUCAGAUCUACACUCUGGGCCGCUACCUGGACUCCAGCGUGAGGAACAGCAAGUCUCUGAAGAGCGACUUCUACCGCUACGACAUCGACGCCAACACCUGGACGCUGCUCAGCGAGGACACGUCCGCUGAUGGAGGGCCCAAGCUGGUGUUUGACCACCAGAUGUGCAUGGACUCGGAGAAGCACAUGAUUUACACGUUUGGCGGUCGCAUCCUGACGUGUAACGGCAGCGUCGAGGACAGCCGCACGUCGGAGCCUCAGUUCAGCGGCUUGUACGCGUACCACUGCCAGGCCGCCACGUGGAGCCUCCUGAGGGAAGACUCGUGUAACGCCGGGCCGGAGGACGUCCAGUCCCGCAUCGGACACUGCAUGCUCUUCCACACCAGAAACCGCUGUCUGUACGUGUUUGGAGGUCAGAGGUCAAAGACGUACCUCAACGACUUCUUCAGCUACGAUGUGGACGGAGACCACGUAGAGAUCAUAUCUGACGGCACCAAGAAAGACUCGGGCAUGGUGCCGAUGACGGGCUUCACGCAGAGAGCCACCAUCGACCCCGAGCUCAACGAGAUCCACGUCCUGUCGGGGCUCAGCAAGGACAAAGACAAGCGUGAGGAGAACGUACGCAACUCCUUCUGGAUCUACGACAUCGCCCGCAACAACUGGUCUUGUGUGUAUAAGAACGACCAGGCAGUGAAAGAAAACCCGAGCAAGGCUCUUCAGGAGGAGGAGCCGUGUCCACGCUUUGCACACCAAGCUGGGUCUACGAUUGAGAUGCACAAGGUGCACUACUUGUUCGGUGGAAACCCCGGAAGUCUUGUUCUCCCAAGAUGCGUCUGGACGACUUUCUGGUCCCUCAAACUGUGUCGGCCCUCCAAGGAAUAUCUGCUGCGCCACUGCAGAUAUCUGAUCAGGAAAUACAGGUUUGAGGAGAAAGCCCAAUCGGAGCCCCUGAACGCGCUGAAAUACCUGCAGAACGACCUCUCGCUCACCGUGGAUCACACUGCCCCAUUAAAGACUGCUUUAUUCCAGCUCCUGCCCUCGGCUCUCUUCAAGUCCAGCUCUGAUUUCAUCCCACUGGGUUUCUCAGACGUGGACCAGACGUACGCUCAGAGGACAACAGCUCUUACACGCCUCGUCAACUUCUUCCCCGACAGCAUGACUCCUCCCAAGGGCAACCUGGUGGACCUCAUCACGCUCUACAAAUAACCCCUAAUACCACCUCGCCCACCCACCGGAGGAGGAGGCAGAGACCACUUAUUUUUCUAUUCCUGAACCUUCCUGUGGGAUUUAACCAUCAUCAUCAUCAGCAUCAUCACCAUCACUGAGCUGCUGUCAGUCCUGCGCCCCCUGCUGGUGAGCCUCGAGAACACCACUUUUACAAACACUGUGGUGUGAGGGAAACUCACAGAACUCACUGAGGUGUGUGUGUGUCUCUAAACGCACGAUAUCCCACCAUAACCUUUUUUUUUUUGCUGGUUUCUUUGGAGCACGCAAAAUCUUUCCCACCUCAGAAACUUAAUGGCCAAAAAGGAGAAUUUGCACGCAUUUGUUUUCAAUCUUUUUAUGGUAUUUUUUUUUCAAUAACUUUUGUGCUGUGUCCACAUAUUUGGAGAUGAUGUGUUCAGGGUCGAUUCUCAGUUCAACUCCACUGGUUGUUAAUUGAUUUGAAGGCAGAAGUGUGUGUGCCCGUGAAACAGGAAGUGGCUUCCCAACUCUUCUGUCCUUUCGGUCACAUUCAGCAUCUCCCCGCCAAACCUUCAUUUGGAUUAUCUGCUAAGCUUUGCUUUUUCUGCAACAUAUGCCCCCUAUUUGUGAUCGUGUCAGCCAUGCAGAGGCUAAAAAAAACAAUUGAAUAGUGUUGUAGUUACAAUAGAGGAAUGAUUCUAGAGGAUUGAAUUUAAUAUAUAUCUAAAUAUACCUUUUUUUAUAUUGCUUUCGGUUGUUAUCCCUGUCAAAUUGGUUGGUAAAUGUGCAUAUAUACUACAGAGGACUCGAGGUAAAGUAACAUUUAUUUUCCUCAGUAGUUAAUGGACUUCAUUCUAAGGGUGUACAGGAUAUGUAAAUAUACAUAUUGAAGAUUUCUGGCAUUGGACGCAUCUUGUGCUGGAUUUUUUAAUUGUGUCUAUUUACCAAAAAAGUCAGGGUCCACAAACGAUACUCAUUUCACUUAUUGGGAGGUAUUAAAGCAGCCGGUGUGCGUUUGUAAAUGAAGUGCUGGUGCCAGUUUGAGAGUGGAAAGGGCAUUUUGAGUUAUUUAAAAAAAAAAAAAAAAAACUUCUCCAGUGUGAUGACAUUGUGGGUUUAAUUUUCCUUUUAUCCCCCACUGAAUUGGGUAAACAGAUGUUUUCCCUCCGUUUAAUGAUGCAUUUAAAACUCUACUGGGUCAACUUGUCCCAUCAAGUGAACUUAUAAGUCCCAUUUAAUACAGUUAUUUAACUUUGUUAUGCACUUGUUGAAGCUGAAGGAGCAUACUGGGUGUCUUGCAGGUGAAAUUUAAGUUUGAGAAAGUAAGGUUAAAGUGAGCCUAUGUGAUAAUGGGAAGAACUGAAAUAUCCAACUACAGUGAAGGUAACAUUAGCCACCCGUUAGCUUCUGGUCGUUCCGGACAAAUGUGACAUUAUAUUCUGCUGCUUCGUGGAAAUCAGGGGGUUGGAAAACAGAACAUUUGCUUGCUUACAGAGAAGAUCAAGACUACUCUUUUUCAUGUAUGCUAAGUGUGAGGCUACCACUAGCUGUUAGCUUAGCAUAACAACUGGAAACCAUUAGCCUGGCUCAGUCCAAGGCAAUCUAAAGAUCACUUAUUAACACAGUGACAACAAGACUCUAGGUAACUGAACUUGAUCGUCAUAUAACUAAAGAAAACUUUUUAUAACACCACACCUUAUGAUCUUUUACAUAAUGUGGUUAAUUAUUGAGCUUUGGAGUGCGACAUCAGUGGCUAUUUUUACUUUUGGUAGUCUCAAUCUUCUCAACCUGAUCCCUCGGCAAUUUCCUAACAUUAUUCCAACUAUUCCUUUAAGAGCACAUGACUAGUAGCUAAAGUGUUUAAAAUGACAGCUCAAAAAAAUAGUGCUAUGGUCCUCUUUAAGAGUCAGACAUGAGCUCAACAUUGCCUACAAAAAUACCUGAAUAGGAUUUUUUGCAGCUUCCAAUUCAUAAUAUUCAUAUUGAAACUUUAAACAAAACACUUGGACUGUAGUAGACAUUUUUGACAUCUAAAUCAUCCUGCUGGUGUGUUCACUGACACUGGAGAUAAGUCGUUAUUUCAGACAUCAUCAGGGAGGUGUCCUGCUACUCAGACACAUCUCAUUUGAUUCUCUAAAUGAAUCAUGAGGACAGUUAACCCUGUAACGAUGGAGCACGAUGGAGACGUGGCUUGAAUAAUACUCCUAACAUUUGGGAGGGUUUUUGCGUUCAUUUUUUGUUGGAGGAGGAUGUCAUGUGAGUUGCUGCUGCCCUGAAACACACUCGAUGGAAACAGAUUGGUGAAAAGGACACCAGAGAAAAGCAUAAGUUGUAUUAGAACAUUCAAAUGCUAAUUAUUUAAGAUAUGACAACAUUUAGGGCUCAUCACGCUUCACUUUGUGACGUUAAAAAGAAGAAUUAAAAGCACCUUUUUGUUAGAAAAAAACCACAAUGCCAAUAAUACUUGCUAAUUUAGAGUAAUAUCUUCCACACAACAAUGUUUGACGGAUGAAAUGUUGUUUUAAUUUGAUUUUUCUUUCCGUUUUGCCCGUCUCCUCGACCCCUGGGUGGGAGUUUUAAGGCUGGUACACUCAGAUCAGUGAAUGUGUAGAAAAACCUUGUAGUAUUGCAUUGUAUGUACUGUAUAUAAGGAAUAAAGAUUGUAUUUUGUCAGGUUUUCUUAAAUC